CUUUGGAGAAGAAGGUCGCUGCAGAUUUUUUGCUCCCUCCAUCCUGCUCCGCACUUUAAGCUACAAAUAACUGUCAAAAGAAGCGAAUCUUAUUGUUAGGUCGAGGGAUUAAUUCUUUUUGAGCUACACUUUUUGAAGGUGCCGAAAUGCUCAAGAGGAAUUUAUAUUGUUGCAUCGAUCCGUCUCCCGCUAGUGCCGCCGCUUUAAUCCUACCCUCGCGUCAUUAUUAUAAGGAAAAAAAGCACCACCACCGCCACCCGUUUUUCAUUUGAUGAUUGCAUCGCAUACGGAGUGAGACCUUCGUAGGCGACGGACGUGCGGUUUCCUUCCAGCUCUGCUUUGAAUAACUACAACUUCACUAUGCAAAUUCCUCCAAAUCCGGCUAAAAGUGAGUUGAAAAUGAGCGGCUCUGCAGGUUUGGACAACAAUCGGAAUCACUCUCAAAUAAUUGAAAAGAAAAUUAAGCUAGAAGAGCUAAAGUGCGUUUUUUGUGACGUGAAAUUCGCACUCGACGCUGAGGAUUCCUACUUUCAACAUUUGGAGGCGAAAAUGUGCAACGUGUGCUCGGACACGUUCGACUGCAACUCCAAAUUGGUCGAGCACCGAAAGUUGUGCCAAAAAGUGCAGGUAAAGCCAAAGUGGAAGUGCGAUUUGUGUUCGCGCAUUCUCGAUAUGAAAUCGAGAGGGAAUCACAAAACCGUCCGGAAGUGCAAAAAGUGCGGUUUGGAAUUGGCGUGCGGAGGAAUUGCAGCGAAACACAAUGUCCAAUGCAAGAAGAAAAAACGGAUGCAGAAUGGAAAGGUCGCAGUGAAAUGGACCAAAUGCAAUGAAUGCGGCGAUUUUUACUCGUCUGACAAAAACCAUUUGGGCAAAGAAGCGACCUGUCACAAAUGCAAAACAAAAUUUGCAUGUCGGAGCCGAUGUCUUGAACAUCAGCGUCUCGUAUGCUUCAAAGAUCUCACUUGCGAUUUUUGCGGACUCUUUUGUGUGUCAAAAACUAGACUAGAAACGCACGCCAAAAAGAGGAACUGUUUGAAUUGCGAUCACGUCAGUUGUUGUUACAAACUGUUCAAUGCACACAAAUGUGAAGAGAGUGACAAAGAAACGGAGGAAGAAAAAGUUUCAGAGGAUGAAAAUUCGACCGUUUCGGUAGAAGAACCAGUCGUGGCCCCCUUGCUGAUCAAAAAGUGCGCCUUUUGCAAGCAUUUGUGCAACUCGGAGGAAGCUUUUGAGUGUCACACCAGGCAAACCAAAUGUCCUCAUUGCAAAUUUCCGCAGCCGUGCAACACCCUUUUGGCCCAUCACUUGAACGUGUGUCGUUUCGAGGGAGAAGAGCCGGAGGAAUUUCAAUGCGGCGAGUGCGAAAAGGUUUUCAAAAGGAGGCACAAACUGGAGUCGCACAAGCGGCGCCGACACGUGCAGCGCUCGAGUAUUUUGGCCGCGGAGGCAAUUUUGGGAAUGGUGGAGAAGAAGAUUAUCCAGACGGCCGAGAGGAAUAUUAUUAAUAAAUUAAUUGUUAAAAGUGAACCGAUUCCUGUAAUUGAUAUUGAUUAAAAAAGCAUGUAAAAAAUUAUAUUGAUUGUGGAUUUUUAAAAAUUUUUACUACUAUAAUGAAGAGUUGUACGAAAUCGAUAUAUUAUUUGUUAAAAAAAACAGCCCAAAUCAUAAGUUUGGUGUUUACAAACGUUAACUGAAUUUUUUGUAUUUUAUCAUGAAUUUG